GAUUCUCCCCCAGGCACGUUUCUUCAUCGAUUAUUUUCCAUUUGGCCAAGGCCCGGAAAUGUUCAUGUUUAUUGUCAUUUAUUUUUAUGGCUUUAUAUGACCUGAUGCUGAGGCAUAUAUUUGGCGGAUGUCUUUUAUUUCAGGGAAUGCGGAUCAAUCUGUCCAUCUUGUAGCUGGUGAAGGGCUAGAGGCAUAUCUCCCUCUUGCUGACAUGAUUGAUAUUACUGCCGAAAUCCAACGCCUAUCUAAGAGACUUUCCAAGAUGCAGACAGAAUAUGAUGGACUUAAAGCUCGGCUCAGCUCUCCUAAAUUUGUGGAGAAAGCUCCUGAAGAUAUUGUCCGUGGAGUUCAAGAAAAGGCGGCAGAAACAGAAGAGAAGAUUACUCUCACCAAAAACCGAUUAGCAUUGCUCGAAUCAAGUGUUCUGGUCACAUAAUAAGACCCUCAGUCAUCUAUGCUCCAUCAGCUUAA